GUUCUUUUGACAGGAGAAGUCAAGUGUUAUGGAAGACCGAGCACCACGCAUAUCAGCCUUUAUGUAACUCUUUAGCCACUUCUUACUGCGUUCAAGCUACUUGAGUAAAUGAGGGAGGAGCCGCUCAAAUCAACGUCUGUUUAUAUCUUAUCAUACUACACCGCCCCUUCUACUACACACGGCUUCUUUUCGGAGACGAAGUUAACCGAACCAGCCAGACAAGGAACUGCGGCGCGAUGGGGGAUUUGAUCUCAACUCAUCUUGAUGAAAGCAAACGGGAGGUUAUUACUGCACGGACCGGGGAGCUGAUGGGAGAGUUUGGUCGACUAUAUGAACAGCAGUAUGCAGUCGCUCUCUUUAACAAGAUGCGCUAUGAUGUAGAAAGUGGGGGAGGCCCUCAACCCCAGCUCCUGCACAGGAAGGUGCCUUUUAAGAAUAAAUCCAUCUUCUCAGGGGCUUUGUUCCAGUAUCUAGAAGAGAAUAAAAAAUGGAGGAAUCGUUUUCUUUUUAUUCCUGACUCCUACAACAUCAACUAUUAUGAAAACAAUCAGGCCCAUGACCGAGGCUUGCAACCGAAAGGCACCAUUAACUGUGCUGGCUACAGGGUCCUGACUUCUAUGGAGGAAUAUCUCGAGCUCCUUAACUCCAGCCUACCAGGUGUAAAGGCUAAAGUGGGCACUUCUCCAUUUCUGAAAUGUGCAACACAGUUUCCCCUCAUCCUCUGGCACCCUUACGCACGGCACUACAAUUUCUGUGUGGUGACCGAGAAGGAGCAACAGAAAUGGAAUGCCGUCUUUCAGGAUUGUGUUCGUCACACCAACAACGGAUUGUCUGAGGAAUGUAAAGUUCAGACCCCGGCGUUCACAGAUGCAGUGCGUCUCUAUCGACAGGCUCAUGGUCACUAUGGAACCUGGGACAUGAUGUGCGGGACGCCUCCACAGAUCCUUGCUAAUCUUGUAAUGGAGACCCUACUCACUGAGCUGAGAGACCUUAUUUCCCCCAAACUGAAGGGCAAGAUGCAUGAGAUACAGAGGAAUUGGAUGCUGAUAUCAGACGCAGUGUAUGGGCUGGUUCAGAGCCAGACUCAAGCACAGUAUGAAGCAAUAUUGCAGAGCUGUGAAGCAGGUCGGCCCCCUCUGGAAACCACCAUUCGCACAGACAUGGACCAGAUCAUCACUUCCAAAGAACAUGUGACCAGCAAAAUCAGAGCUCUUGUGCUGCCUAAGGCAGAGAAGCUUCUGAAGGUGAGUAUCCAGCCAUAUAUCAGCUCUAUUCUGGACGCUUUGAUGGAACCCACCAGCAGAGGCUUCUUUGAGGUGCGAGACUUGUUUUUCAGGGAGCUGGUCGAAAUGAGCAAAAACCUUCUCAAUGAUGGCAACAAGGAAAAACUUGGAGAACACAUGGAGAAGAUCUCCAUGCUAGCUUUUCAUCCUGUAAAGAUGCAGAGCUGCUAUGAGAAAAUGGAGACACUGAGUUUAGAGGGACUACAGCAGCGGUUUGAUGUUUCCAGCCCCUCUGUGUUUGUCCAGAGAGCCCAAAUUUUAAUGAGAGAGCAAAUGGAUGAUGCAGUGUACACAUUUGAGCAACUCCUGCACCAGAGUCUGGAGGGCCAAGGAGAAGACCUUUGCAAAACCAUCCAGGGCUGCCAGGAUCGUGUCAUCAAGAAAUUUGACUAUGACAGCAGCACAGUUCGUAAGAAGUUCUUCAGAGAGGCUCUUCUCCAGAUAUUCAUCCCUUACAUGCUGAAACAGCUCUCUCCAUCAUGCUCUGGUGAACUCCCUCAUUUCCAGGAGCUGAUCUUUGAAGAUUUCUCUCGUUUCAUUCUGGUGGAGAACAUUUUUGAGGAAGUGGUGUUGCACACAGUUAUGAAAGACAUAAUGAUGGCUGUGAAGGAAGUAGCUGUCCAGAGGAGACACAACCUGUACCGAGACAGUAUAGUUCUGACCAACAGUGACCAGAAUCUUCACCUGCUGGGGGAGAACCCUCCCAUUGAUUGGGCUGGGGAGUAUGGAGGAGUCCAAGAGGAGGUGGAUGGAGAGGAUGAAGGACAAAACAGAGAUACAGCCACUCAGAAAAGACGCAGGAUGAAGCAAGUGGUCUCCAUGAUUCAGCUGGAGGGCACCACCCAUAUUCUGCACAAUGAAUCGUGCCUAGAAGUGCCUGCCGGGGACGACAUUCCUGAAGAAGAAACAGAGGGACGCUCAGACACUACAUCCACCCGAGAGUCAGAUAAGCAAGUGCCCAAUGGAACUCAAAAGGAUGUGAAUAGAAAUCAGGUUGAGGAGAAACUACCAGCUUUAUUAAAUAGAAUGGAACUAAAAGAGGAAGAAACUCCAGCGGAAAAGCCUUUACAGGAAACCGAGAACAAGUCAGCCAUUGAGAGUGCCAUACAGGAAAUGGACAAUACAGAACAGGAAGAGGAAUGUGAGCAGGGUGGAGAGAUAAUGACACAGAAAGCUGCAGAGUCAUCAGCCUCAGAGGACAUUGCAACUAGGAAGGUAAAACUCACCCCAAACUGUGAAGGAGGGGCACAGCUGAACAAAGAUAUGCCUUCAAGCACAGAGGAAAAUCCUUCAGAUUCAAAUGCAAGGGAAAUGGAGGCAGUGACACCAUUGGACAAACGGGAGGAAAAUCACAUUACAGAGAGCACUCAAGAUUGCCACUCAGAGCAAAGCACGGACUCUAUAUCUCCACCACAGCAAGACGACAGAUUUCAAUCUCCCACUACUGAAAUAGUUGUGCAGGAGGAGCUUCAGAUGGCUAAGGAAGAGUGUAAUGGCUCCAAAAAGGGAGAGGACACUGGGAAGGGAGAAAAUGCACAUAUGGAUCACCAGUGAAACAAGAACUUAUUAGGGUCUCUUAAUUUGGUUCAUUUAUUUUGUAUGUUUGUGUGUUUGUUUGUGCCUGUAAACAGAGUAAAUACAGUAUCUAACCAAUUGCUCUAAGAAAGACAUUGACUGAGAGGCUUUUUUGCCUUUAAACACUAUUGUCUUACUAUCAUGGCUCUAUAGACAUUUGUGAACCUUGUCUUAAUGACGUUUCAAUCUUUUGCGUGCACGCUGUCACAUUUUUAUCGUUUUUGCACUUAAUUAUUGUCACUCUUAGUUAGAGCUGGCCUCAAUUGUAAUCAUUGUAUCCUAAGUUAAAAUGGCAUUCCAUUCACAAAUAUGAUAUCCACCCUCAUUUGAUUUCUGUUCCCUUUAGUAACUUUUCAUUUCUGUGUGUCUUGCUACCUAGAAGCCAUGUUGUGCCUCAUUUUGAUAGCAUAUGGUGCCUUAUUUUGUUUUGCAUGUAGUCUUUAAUGCUUAACACUAGUGAUACUUGCCUUGUCUGAAUUCAAAUUGAAGACACUCAAUUUAUGAUUUUACUGUGGUUCUUUCUUGGGCUGGAUUGCCCUGUUUAACCACUGUUGUUUUGGUGCUGUGUAAGCAAUACAUUUUUUUCUUAAGAAACUCUGCUGUCAUUUGCUCUGUUUACUCAUUUGCUCUUGACUUGACUACAGAAGUGGCUGCAUCAAUUUUCCUUAACCAGUUCAAACUAGUACAAUUCAAACUGACUAUAAGCCCUUCUCCAUAUGGUGCUUUGCCCCCUCCUCUUUCAUUGUUAAAUGUACUGUAUGGAUGCUGUAUAAUUUAGUUUAUUUUGAUAAUUAUGACCUUCGUAGCUGCUGUGUCACACAGCAGAUACGUGCACUGUAGUAAUUUAGUUUAUGCAGAUAGUAUAUGGGUUAUGGGUCAUUGUGGAGAUGUGUGUCAUGAUAAUGAGAUGUCAAUGAAAAUGAUUUAAUGCAUAAAUUUCAGUGCAGGUGACUUGUAAAUGGGGAUCCAAUAGAUGAUGACACUAUGUAUGGAGGAGUGAUUGAUUUUAGUACAGUGCCACUGUUGGGGAGCCAGAAAGUAAUGUUUGCUAUUUGUAAUUCAAAUUGAAAUGACAGUCAAUCAAAUGGUUGUGAAAAAUUUGAGAAGUGUCUGUCUACGUCCUGUUGGACAACUACAAGACACGCCCACUAUAAGUUAUGCCCCCUCUAACGGGCCUGUUUGUUGCUUUUACUUGGAGUCCUGCUCCAGUUGCACACCUACACCUAUUUCUAAACUAACCUUAAACCCACCCCUAUGCCUAACCACAAAAAUCUAAAAAUGAAAAGUUUAUAAAAUUAUUGAAUAUUAUGCAAAUAAAAAGUUAUAGUGGGGACAGUCAUACCAUCGUAUCACUGGGGGGCGACUAUGAGGUGGAAAACUAAAUGAAAAUGAAGAGGAGCAGCAGCUAAGGUAAUAGGCUGGCCGCUUGGCAUGUAGGCUAACUUGAGAAAACAGAUAAGAGACAUUUUUAAUUUGACAAUGUAUAUCUUUCAAUACAUAAUAUCAUAUAUGACAUAUCAUUUAAAAGUGAUUCUUUGUGAUUUGUACGUAUUUAAGACAACGUGAAUCGUAUGUAAAUUCAAUAUGAUAAUUAAAAGUUAUUUCAGCCAAUAGAAUGGCUUUAUGAUCCAAAUAAAGGCGAUAUUUGGAGUAGGCGUGUCAAGUGGGUGUUGGUAGUACUAAGGGACGUAAACAGAUACAUUUGAAAAAAAAAAAAGUAAACAGAUACAUUUGGAAAAAAAAAAGUAAACAGAUACAUUUGGAAAAUGUGGUGGUUAAAGUGUCCGAUAUAUCUGGCCAUAAAGAUUUCAUCAGCAUCUUACUAUCUGUCUUGCUGUUUGAGACUUUUUAAUAUACAGUUUUUUUUUUCUCAAACAAUUUAAUAAUUUUAUUUAUAGCACUUGGUACUAUACCUUUUUACCUUUUUUAUUUGUAUCGUGCAAAAUAAUUUUGUUUUUUGUUUUUUAUUGUUAUUCUUUGAAAAAAUAAACUAUAAUCAACUGACAAUUUCAUAUUUUUGU